AUGCAUGUUUCCGUCAGGGCUGAAGUGGGUAGGUGGGCGGGGACCCCAGGACCGCCCUCUCUCGUCGGUUCACUUCCGGCUAGGCCCUGUCCCCUACUGGACGCCCCGCCCCUCGCCGUGCCAGUGGGCACCAGACGCGCCGGCGCGGAAGAACCGGAAGGCGGGACUACAGUUCCCGACAAGUACUGUCCUCCCUUUCUCCCGCGGGAACUCAGCACCUGGAUGCACAUGCACGCAUGCUCGCCUGGUUCGGCAUGCGAGAGUUGGACCAGGGUGGUGUUGGGAUUGGGCGGGAAAGCGAGGCUAGCGCGAGGUCACAAGCGGUUUUUCUCUCAGAUUUCUAGAGGGAGGGUCAAGAUGCCUAAGAGGAAGAAGCCACAAAUUUCAGGAAAUGAGAGCCAUCUUCUUAAAUCCAAAAAGACUCCAAGGAUAGGAAACACUGACAUGAAGCCUGAGAACUAUGGAAUGGGAAGAUACUUUAAUGUGGAAGAUUCAGAAAUAGCAACAGUCACCAAACAAGAUGGAGAAGAGAGUAGCCAACCAGAUAUCAGCUCAGUGGAUGAAAGAACAAAUGGUCCUACUAAAGUACCUAGGCAACCAAAAAAGGACCCACUUCCAUUUUCUCUUUCCCAGAACUCAGAGAUGAAAUUUGUCCCUGUGUUUACACAAUCCAAGAAAUCUUUGGCACAAAAAACUGAGAGAAAGGAAAAAACUACUAGGAGGAGCAACAUUAAGCAGAUGAUGUUUCCAGAGUCUAAUCACCAGAAGGCAGAAAAUGUUCAGUUUGAUGAGCCAUCGGUAACAGCUAUCCAGGAAGAUGGGGAGUUGAAAGAUCAGAAGCAGAAAGGAUUUUUGAUUACUGAAAUGGACAGUAUUGGUGAUAGGAGAGUUCUACUUUUGCAGGAACAAGACAACCAAAGUCCCUUGAAGCCUACAGAUGGAAGCCAUUAUAUUGCUGUUGGUACAUUCAACAAUACUCCUCAAGAGAUGGGAAGUAGAAGCCCUGUGGAAGAAGGAAUUAACAAAGAAUAUCUUUCAAAGGGAAUGACAAAUACUUUGAAUGGCAGAAGUCCAGAAUGCAAGAAUUUGCAAUCUGGCUUCCUUGUUGAAAUGGAAAUGAAUAGUACACCAAUACAUGGGAAUUUGGCGGUAGGCAGCCACAGCCAAAAAGAAGCAGCCCAAUUAAGCAGUAAUACUUCAAUAAUACAGCAGAACAGACCUCUGCCAGACAGAAGAGCCACCCACAAAGGUGACAUUGCUCAGAAGGAAGUAGGAACUUCAAACACAUAUGGGCUUAUAGGGGAUUUAGAAAGUGAUGACUUCCUUGAGGGACAAGAAAAGAGGAAAGAAAUUAGCUUGCCCGUGAUUCCAUCAGAUUAUAAUUUAUCAACUGCUGGAGUACAAAGUACUGGCAAGCAGAAGCCCUGGGACAGUGAUGCAGAACAGGGGUGCCCUGAUAAUGUGCAGUAUGACAAGAUGAACCAAAAUGCAAAACUCAGCCAAGAUAGCCAAGGGUGCAGAAUGUUUAGGCGGGAAUGUCUUAGCUCCUCAUGCCCCACAGAUACUGACUUGAAAGUAAUCACAGAUAUUUCUGAAUCCAAAGAGAGGGCACAGGUUACUAAGACUAGCCAGCCUGUCAGUGGAAGCACUGGAGUGCCUUCAUUUUCCAGUAGGAACUCCUCUGUCAAGGUCAUGCUGGAAGGAAUCCCUUAUACUGAAAAGGGUGGGAAGGAUAGAGAAGAGGCAGGACAUGAAGGUGAGCCAUCUGAAGGCAUCAGGAUGGUCUCUGACCAUUCAGCUUCUAUUGUAUCAGAUCCUAAAGAUCUUAUACCCAAGACUGAAUACAAAGAUACUGUAAUUCUAGCUUUGGAAAAAGAGAAUCUGUAUCCAGAUGUGGGACAGAAACAGGUAACUACCAGCACUGACCAAAAGGAAGUGAGUCAGCUUCCAGGGACAAGAGUCACAUCAGCUUGGCUGUUGGAUUUGGUAGAUGAUAAAGAACUUGGGUUAGAUAUCAUCAGUGGGAAAAGUGAACAAAACCUUGGUCUCAAGGAAAGUGAUCUGUCAGUUAGUACUCCCUGUUUGUUCAUGGGGAAAGAGAUAAUAGCUGAUCCUGCCAAAGAAACUGAGACCAACACGAACAGUAGAAAAUCUCCUUCAGCAGGAAAGAUGGGUUUGCCUCAAAGUAUAUGUAAUUCUGAAGAACAUAUUGAUUGGGAAGAAUCCUUAGCUCUGGAACUAGACUUUUUGCCAGACAGCCAGAUACGUGACGCUCUUGAUGACCCUAACUUUGGAUUUCCAUCUGAGCAAGCAUCUCCUAUGGAGAACACGUUGGGUCCCUCCUUGCCUGGCAAAAAUCCUCACCCUGAUGAAGAAUAUGUCAGCUCAAAGGCUCCAAUGGCCCUGAAAAGCACCUCUUCCCACAAGCUACAGCCCAGGGAUGAGAUGGUGGAAGGCAUCUGUGACCCCCCAAGAGAAGAUGCAACAGCUAUUGUCUGUGGCCUGACUAUUGAGCUCUCUAACCUCAACCGAUUGAUCAUGAGCAUGCACAGGGACCUGGAAUCCUUCAGACGCCUAAAGCACCGAAAGGGAAAAGCAGCCAUGAAGCAGCCCCCUUACCAGUUUCCCUGUCCCCCAAAGGGAGUGACACAUUGCUCCCAUGCUGUGAAAAAAUGGAAAGAGAAGUAAGACUGUCGGACCAUUCGAAAAAGACAAUUCAGAUAGCUCAGACCUCGGAGCUUCUUCAAGGUUUAUGUGUUUUUCUUUCCUUCCAGGUAUUAGAAGGUCUUUCAAAUUGAAGUAUUUAAAUUAGACCAUUUGAAGCAACUGUUUUCCUUCUCUCUGAAACAGAUGUUUAAAAGGCCUCUUAAUAGCCUUUGGUAAAAAUCAGUGGAGCCUGAGUAUAGUUUUCUGGGACCAUUCCCAAUUAUUAUUUUCCUCUCCAAGAUGUAGGUUAUAAAACUAGCCUUUAGGGGCAUCAGAAUAUCUCUGAAUCAGUCUCUUCAGUUACUAAGAGUGGGGCCUUAAUAGUUUCUUGAGAAACUAAAAGUGAUCGUUGCUAUACAAGAUGAAAACAAACUAAAAUUGUAAAGAGAUGAGAGAUUCUUGGCUUCAUCCAGGAGUCCUUCCUCUGUAGCUUUUCUUAUUUAGAAAGGAAGUUUUGGUUGUAAUUUGUGGCUUGAGCCAAAUAACACUUAGUUUCUGGAGUGAAAGCCCAGGCCAUUCAAGUCCAACUCAUGUCUCUUAAUAGGAAGGCUUGUUCUACUUUUCUGCAGAUGGAGAGAGUCCCAGUGGUCCUGGGAAUAAACCCAAGGGGCCAGUGGGAAUACAAGAUGUUUAUCUUGAUUUGCAAAUUUCAGGUCAUUUGGUUAAAGUUAUUGAAGGUUCAGUAUUUGUGUUUUUCCUGGAAGAGGAAAAGGCAUUCUUUGUUUAUUAGAUUUUUGCCUAUCCCUUGAUUUCCAUA